CGCUGCCCGCCCGGCUCCGCCCGCCCGCCCGGGAUGCGGCCCCGGCGGCCGGGCCGGGCAUGAGGGACGGCGGGGGGGCCGCGGCCAGCACCGGCACCCGACGGCACCCGGGCACCGGCGGGGCUCCUCCUCGCUCUCUGCUAUGGACAGUGCCAUCACCCUGUGGCAGUUCCUCCUCCAGCUGCUCCAAGAGCCCCAGAACAAGAACAUCAUCUGCUGGACCUCCAACGACGGGGAGUUCAAGCUGCUGCAGGCAGAGGAGGUGGCCAGGCUCUGGGGGAUCCGCAAGAACAAGCCCAGCAUGAACUAUGAUAAACUCAGCCGGGCGCUGCGCUACUACUACGUGAAGAAUAUCAUUAAGAAGGUGAAUGGGAAGAAGUUUGUGUACAAAUUCGUGUCCUACCCAGAGAUCCUGAACAUGGAUCCGCUGGUGGUGGGCCGGCUCGAGGGGGACCCCGAGAUGCCCGGCUUUGGGGAGGUCACCAGCACCCCCAAGGACGUGGAAAACUGUGGCAAGGAGAAAUCCCAGUCCUGUGCUAAGUCCUCCAGCCGGAACGACUACAUCCACUCAGGCCUGUACUCCUCCUUCACCCUCAACUCCCUCAACUCCUCCAGCGUGAAGCUCUUCAGGUCCAUCAAGAUCGAGAACCCGGCCGAGAAGCUGACGGAGAAGAAACCUCAGGACCCCACCCCUUCUGUCAUCAAGUUUGUCACCGUGCCCUCCAAAAAGCCACCCUCUGCCCCCCUGGUCUCCACCACUUCAGCGGUGGCCGUCACCUCCACGGCUUCUGCCACCCCUGCCGUGUCCUCCUCGCUUCCCCUGGGCUCUGAGGAGACUCUGCAGAGCCUGGAGACCCUCGUCCUGCCCAAGCUGACCGUCCCUGAAGCUCCUCCAGCACCUUUGCCAAACUUGAGCACCAGCUUCACGCCCACGCCCCCCAUGUCCUCGGUGUCCCCCGGCCUCCAGGUGCCCUCCACGCCCCCCUCGCCGCCCCUGAGCUCCAACCCCGACCUGGACAUUGACACAGACAUCGAAUCUGUGGCUUCCCAGCAGCUGGAGCAGGCCCAGAGCCUCCAGCAGCAAUCCCCAGAGCCCAAAGAGCAGCAGGAUUCAGCUGGGCUGGAGAAGGAAUUUGCCAAUCACCUCUCCAGAUCGAAAAAACCCAAAGGGCUGGAGCUGGCUCCCACUCUGGUCAUCACAGGCAGUGAUCCCAGUCCUCUGGGCAUCCUGAGUCCUUCUCUCCCCACUGCUUCUCUCACUCCAGCACUUUUCUCUCAGACUCCCAUCCUGCUGACUCCCAGCCCUCUGCUCUCCAGCAUCCACUUCUGGAGCACCCUGAGCCCUGUGGCUCCUCUCAGCCCUGCCCGGUUGCAAGGUGCUAACACCCUCUUCCAGUUUCCAUCUGUGCUGAACAGUCAUGGCCCAUUUACCCUGUCUGGACUGGAUGGACCCUCCACCCCCGGCCCCUUUUCCCCGGAUUUGCAGAAGACAUAGCACAUGGAAUUCCUGCUGCAGGAAGGACACAGCAAGGCAGGGAUGGGACAUUUCCCUCCAACCUUUUUUGUAAAACAAGCAGUUUGUAAUUCCACUGAGAUUCUCAACAGUUGGAGUUGUUGCCAUUCCCAAAUCCAAAAACAACAACAAAAAAAAGCCUUUUUUGUGCAAAAAUUCCCCCUUUUUUUGGAAGAACCCAGGUUGGGAAUGUAUAUGCAAACGCCUUAAUAGGAGCUGCAGCUGCAGUUUCUUCUCCUCCUCACUUUGGAAGGAUUUUCCCCGUGUCCAAAAGGAAUUUUGGGUGGUGGUGCAGCACCUGACCCUGCACUGACUGCAGCAAACAGCACCAGAGGAGGCUUUUCUCUGGGACUCUUGGGAAAAACAAACCAACAAACAAACCCCUCUGUUCUUCUGCUUCCUGUGCUCAGCGAGGAGAGCCCUGAAUCCUGAUGGAAGCUGGCAUUCCAGGAAAAGCUUGGGAAUGGGGUGUGUGCUGCAGCUCUGCCCCCAGGGCACCACAACCUCUGCAGCAGCAAAAGCAGCCAGGGCUUCUCUGCUGCCCUUCUCUCCAUUUUUUUGUUGUGUUUUAUUUUUUUGCAGGGAGAAUUUAUUUUUUUUUUUCAAGGAUUUAAUCCAAGUUUAUGUCCAGGACAAUUCUGUGGAGCCCCUGGGAGAAGAGGUGGGGCUGGAUUUUGGAUGUUUCCCUGCUCUCCUUCCCUUCCCAUCAGCAGUGGGACGAGCUCCUUUCACUUCUCACUGAGUUUCAAUGCUGGAGUCCAAACAUUUCUUGUGCCACAGCCUGGGAGCUCCCUGCUGGAUCAGCAGGAUGGGAGGAUUUUCCCUGCAGGUUUGGGGGUUUUUCCUGCAUUUUUGGGGGUUUUCCCUGCAGUUUUGGGGGUUUUCCCUGCAGUUUGGGGAGUUUCCCUGGAUUUUUGGGGUUUUUCUCUGGGUUUUAGGGGAGGUUGCUGCCUGACCUGCAAUUCCAGAGCCCAGCAGGGUGAGUGAGAACAGCAACAUUCCAGCAUUAGUGUUGCUCUUCUUUCCCCACAGCUCUGGAAAAGCUUCCUGCUUUUCCCCAGGUGGAAAAGCUCCUCUUUUGCCAGCUCUUAUCCCAAGUUUUGCAGUGGAGCUGUUGGUUUUGGGGUUUUUAUUUUUGGAGGGAGCUCUGGCCCCAGAGCAGGCUGAGGGCUUCCAUGGGGUUCAGCCUCGUGGGAAAUGUGUUUUCACCUCCUUGGUGUCCUGGAUUGAUGAUGCAGGAUUGUUUUCCAGAGCCAGUGGAGGUGAGAUGGAAUUUGUAGGUGGAUUUUUUACACCUCAGGAGGCCUUUUAAGAAAACUGAGGGGUGAAAAAAUGAGAGCUGCUCCUCUCUCAGCCCCUCAGUCUGGGAGUGUUGGGCUGUGGGUCUGCAUCCUUCCAAUUUUGGGGCAUCUGAUGUCAGGCAGCAACUUUUGGCUUUGAGUUGGGGCUGUCAGAGGAUCUUCCCCAUAAAAAAUUCCCAGAAAACAGAUGGAGACAUCUCUUUCCUUCAGCAUCCUCCAGGCUGCCACCAGCAGAGGAAGAUUUUCCCCUGUCCAGCACGAGGAGCUGACAGAGUUUGCUGUAAAUACUGCACCUAUUCCAUGGAGAAGUGGUGAACUCAAACUUUUCCUGAGGUUUUUUUUUUACCUUCUGCCACUUUUGCAGGCUUGGAAUUCUCUUGAAAGCCACAACACCCAGGACUUUUCUUUUCCUGCAGUGAUGUUCCCUUUCUAUUCCCAGAAAAAAAAAACAAACCACUUUUGUGUGUUCCUGCCGUGACACCUGGGACAGGUGGGUGGAACAGAGUCGCUUUUUUUGGGCAUUGUUCACCUGCCCAGGGGAAAAGUGGGAGAAAAAAAGAUUCCUUUUUCAGGUGGAGAAGCAGGGAGUGAGCUCAUGGAGUGACCUGUCUUCCUGUUGGCUCCUGUCAGAGGCAAAAAAUGCUUCACAUUUAGACAUCAGCAGAUGCAGGAGGAAAUUCCUGCGCCAGCAGCUCUUAAAAAUGUGCAAUAUUGACCUUUAUUUUUGAAUUUUAGUUUUAUUUUUGAAAUGCAGAAGCGAAGCUGCAGGUGAUCAUGAAGAGCAGGCACCUGGAAUUUUGGUUUUGGUUUGCAUGUUUGGAGCCUGCUCUGGGAAGUUUCUAGAGCUAUGGAUAAAUAGCAGCACUUUGGUUGGUUCAGGUUGGCCAAUUUGAUGCCUACCAAAUACUUUGGGACUUUUGACAUUUGCAGGCUGGGAUUGGAAUUGAAAAUUCAUGAAUGAGCACUAAAAACUUGCAAUUUAAUUGCUUCCCUUCCCCCUUGUUCCCCCGUGGAGAAAAGCCAAGUUUAGCUGUUGAAAAUUUGUGCACUUAAUUCUUUGUGAGCUUUUAUGGCUUUGGGCAGAGGGUCAAGCCCCCCCAAAAAAUGUUAUUUGUGGGUUCCUCCUCUCCAAAAAGCUUCCCAAAAUUGCUGUGCCACAGAGAUCCAGGUUUUCCUGUGGGAAUGCAGCCUGGAUGGGAAAGUUUCCACCAGGAAAAAAAAUAAAGCAGGAAAAAAAAAUCAGUGUGGACAGGAUGAGAAGCUCAGGAAGCAGCUGGGAAAGGGAGAGGAGGUGGGAGAGGAGCAGCUUUUGCUGCCUUUUCUCCUCUGCAAUUUUCAGGUCACUGAAGGGAAUAUUUCCUUGUUCCUGUGGGGAGCUGCCAGCUCCUCCUGGCUCACAUUCCUGACAGAGCCUCCCUCCCUCUGUCAGCUGCUGGUUCUUGAGGUCACUUCAGGAGCAGUUUUGUGCAGCUCCUCACCAUUUGUUUUUAAUUUAGCCUAGGGCAGGUGGGGUUAGAGUAGAUUCUGGUUUAGUUCUGUACCGUGGUGAUUUAAAAAAAAACAAAAAAACCAAAAAAAAAUUUAAAAAUGCAGCAUUACAGAAGCUUUUUUCUUAGGUUCCUGUUGCUGGAGUAGCUUUGGUUUUGUGGAAUGCUUGGUCAUUUUUUUGCAUCAGUUUGUUCCUGGCUGGUUUGGGUUGCGUGGAAGGUCAAAGAAUUUUGGUAGGACAGAAGAGUUUGGUGGAAGACAGACAAGAACUCAGCAUCCUGCCCAGCUCCUGGAGGUGGGAAUAAACCCCUCACGUUGGUCACACCUUCCAUGGAACCCAGAGAUUCCAAAAACUGGUUGGAUUUAGGGAAUCCUGGAAGCUGAACUCGUGUCUUGCUUCUGGAAAUCUCUUUUUUUUUUUGGUUUAUUUUUCCAUGGGGAGCUGCUGCUGCUGCCUGGCUCUCUUUGGGAUCCUGGAUUUUCAGGAGCAGCUCAUGGAAGCAGGAAAAUCCCGUGGGUAUGGAACCCUUGGGGUUCUGUCUUUCCUGGGAGGGUGAUCCUGGUGGAAAGAGGGCCAUGGAGGAAUUUUGGGGCUUUUUUCAGCAGCAGCUUUAGGUUUAGAGCUUUGUUUCAGAGCUGUCCUCAGCAGGGGAUGCAAUUCCUGGGCCCAGGGCUUGGCACAUUUGGCUCUGUUCUGCAAUAGGUCAGGAAGGGAUGAAAUCCUUGGAGUUGGACAAGUCCUUGUUGUCACUUGGAGCAUCCCCAGGCUUCAGAAUCCAUGGGAUCUUUGGGAUGAAAUCCCUGGGGUUGGACAAUUCCUUGUUGUCACUUGGAGCAUCCCAAGGUUUCAGAAUCCAUGGGAUCUUUGGGAUGAAAUCCUUGGAGUUGGACAAUUCCUUUUUGUUACACUUGGAGCAUCCCCAGGCUUCAGAAUCCAUGGGAUCUUUGGGAUGAAAUCCCUGGGGUUGGACAAUUCCUUGUUGUUACUUGGAGCAUCCCCAGGCUUUAGAAUCCUUGGGAUCUUUGGGAUGAAAUCCCUGGGGUUGGACAAUUCCUUGUUGUUACACUUGGAGCACCUCAAGGUUUCAGAAUCCAUGGGAUCUUUGGGAUGAAAUCCUUGGAGUUGGACAAUUCCUUGUUGUCAGUUGGAGCAUCCCAAGGUUUCAGAAUCCAUGGAAUCUUUGGGAUGAAAUCCCUGGGGUUGGACAAUUCCUUGUUGUUACACUUGGAGCACCCCAAGGUUUCAGAAUCCAUGGGAUCUUUGGGAUGAAAUCCUUGGAGUUGGACAAUUCCUUUUUGUUUCACUUGGAGCAUCCCAAGGUUUCAGUGUCCAUGGGAUCUUUGGGAUGAAAUCCUUGGAGUUGGACAAUUCCUUUUUGUUACACUUGGAGCACCCCAAGGUUUCAGAAUCCAUGGAAUCUUUGGGAUGAAAUCCCUGGGGUUGGACAAUUCCUUUUUGUUACACUUGGAGCACCCCAAGGUUUCAGAAUCCAUGGAAUCUUUGGGAUGAAAUCCUUGGAGUUGGACAAUUCCUUGUUGUUACACUUGGAGCAUCCCCAGGCUUUAGAAUCCUUGGGAUCUUUGGGAUGAAAUCCCUGGGGUUGGACAAUUCCUUUUUGUUUCGCUUGGAGCACCCCAAGGUUUCAGUGUCCGUGGGAUCUUUGGGAUGGUGGAUGUGGGAGCAGAAGGGCUUUGGUUGGGCUCAUUUCCCCCUCUGAUGCAUUUUCUGGGACAUUUUGGGGUUUGGAUGUUGAUUCUGAGGGCAGUGAAGCUGCUGAGGUGCUUCCCCCAGCCCAGGGGGGAUUCCCUGGGCAUUCCCUGUGGGAUGGGUGGGAAGGAAGGGCCCUGCUCCCCUCCUGGAGCUUUUCCUCCAGCUGAGAUCAGCUCUGCCCCUCUCUUUUGGGUUUAUUCCUUGAUUUACCUUGUUUUUGCUCCUGUUUUUUGGCAGUUUUUGAUGUGCUCUGCAGUUGAACCUCUCCCAUUUUUAGGGCAGAUUUGUUUCCAGUGUCAGCCCUGGAAAUCAACCUCAGCAGUGGGGCAGGGAAUGUUGUUAAAAUCCACAGGAACUUCAAAACUUUUGAGUUCUGGGUGACUGGUUUGUUUCCUUCCUCAGCUCUGUGAGGAAUAGAAUCUGGAUCUGGAAGAGUAGAAAUAAGGAAAAAAAAAAAGAAAAUAAAAAGAAAAGAAGAGACCUUUUGGCCUCUGGGCUGGUGGGUGGUUUUGUCUUAAAAAUCAGAGUGGGAUGUUGCAGGCAGCCCCUGAGGGUCUCCCAUGAAAUUCUUGAAUAUUCACCCAGGAGCUCUCCAGGAUGGUUGGUGAGGCUGGUGCUGCCUCAAGGGUUGAUUUGGAGUUAAUUAAGCAGCAAUUAGCAGUGGCUGCUGAGUGUGAGCAAUCAGGGGAGUGGGACAGGCUGGGGCUGGCAGAGGAAGAUUUCGGGGUCAGAAGCAGUUUGUCCCAAAAGUUUUAUGUCCCUUUGCUUGGGGAAUGCUUCUUCCCCUCUGGUUUUAGAGCUGAGAAGAUGAUUUGGAAUAAUACAGCUGGGAAAAAAAUAAAAAAAAAAAAAAAGAGAAAAUUCUAGGGAGACACAGCAGUGCUGUGUGAGAUCAGGGCAGCAGGAAUUCAUCUGGGGGGGAAUCCUUCUCCAGCAGGAAUUCUGGGAGGCCAAAAUCCUGGCAAUCAGCACAAAUCCAGCAGCAGCUGCUCCAGCCUCCCUGGGCUGGGCAGGUUUUUUUUGUCUUGGAGGGAUUUAAAUCCAUUUAAAUCCAUUUUAAAUCAAUUUAAACCAAUUUUUAGCUCUCCCAUCCAGCUGUGGUGCUGUGUGUUGUGUUCAUUGCUGGAGUGCACAUCUGCUUUGGGAAGGUGACUUUGGCAGAUUGUCCAACCUCCCUGGACUGGGCAGGUUUUUUUUUUUAGUGUUUUGGAGGGAUUUAAAUCCAUUUAAAUCCAUUUAAAUCAAUUUUUAGCUCCCCCAUCCAGCCCUGUUGCUGUGUGUUCUGUUCAUUGCUGGUUUGGGAAGGUGAUUUUGGCAGAUUUUCCAACUUCCCUGGGUUGGGCUGGGCCGUUUUUUUGUGUCUUGGAGAGAUUUAAAUCCAUUUAAAUCCAUUUAAAUCAAUUUUUAGCCACUCCAGCACUCCCAUCCAGCUGUGUGCCAGUGUUGUCCUGUUCAUCCCUGAUGAUUUUUGGGAAUUCCACUGGGAGUGACUGGGGAGGGCAGAGGUGGCUCUGGACAGAGAGAAAUCCUUGGGAAUGGAACCAAAUCUUCCUCCAGAGCAAUUUAAAUUAAAAACCUGACUCAUUUUAGUCAGGAGGACAAACCAGAGGAGCCACAGGGGCAGAGCUGCCCAUUCCUGUCGGGGUUCCCUGAAGGGCUCGGAGCAGGAAGGUGAAAUUUGGGGUUUUGGUGUCAGUAAAUCCUGAAAUUUAUUCUAAAAUCCUGGAUUUUAUUCCUGCCUCUGUGCCAGGACCAAGCAGGAAUCAGGAGAUUGUGUUCCCUGCAGGUUGUUUUUCUGUCUGACCACAGGUGGGCAAGGCCCUGUUCUCCCUGGAUAUUCCAACAUUUCCCUGCUGGAACAACAAAAUAUCUGCUCCCUAUAAAUUAUUUUGGAACAAAACCACCCUAAAACUGGCAAAAAAGAUGAAUUUUGUUUCCACCUCUCAAAGAAAGCAGCAGAUUUUGUUUGUGGAGCUCUUCCAGGCACACUCAGAGCUGAAAUUUGUAAUUUUUUUUUUUUUUUUUUAGAUUCCUCAGUGUUUAAAUCUGCCUGGAGCACACGUGGGUCAUGCCUGGCAGGAUGUGUUCCCAAAAAUCCGUAUAAACAUCCCCAUCCUCCCUCUGAGCAGAUUCUGCACUCUGCAGUGCCCACUUUGAAAUAUUUUGCACUCCCUUGGGAGGUUUUUUGGGGUUUUUUCCUUCUCUUUUAGCACUCAAAUCAGUCCUGCCCCAGCGUGCACUCGUGAGUUGCCAAAGGUUUAUUUUUGACAUUGUUGGUUGCCACAUCCCCUGGAAAAAAAACCAAAAAAAACCCCAAAAAAAAAAGUGUCUUAAAUAUGUUUUUGAGUAGUUUUGUGUGCAUGGAACAAAAGUUUGGGCUUGAUUUCAGAGAUUUCUCGGCGAGGUUGUGUUGCAGGAGGUUUUCAUCUCAAAGCAGGGGUGGAGCAGGAGAAUCCUGACCCUUUGGAAAUCAGGGAUCUGAGUGGAGCCAGGCAGGAGAGGCUGACUGCAGAGCCCUGUACCAAUAACUGGAACUGUUGUCGUUUAUUUUGAUUUUUCCCUUUCCUUGAGGGUGAUUUUUCAGUGUUUUUUGGAGCACAGGAGGGCUCUGAGGCUGUGCAUGGCUCCUGGAGUGGGCUGGGCUGGGGAGCUCCCACUUCCCAACCCCUCUUUGCUCUCAGCUCCUCGGGAUGGGUUUUUGGGGCUGUAUUUUUAUUUUUCCCUAGCAUGUCCCAACCCCUCCAAGCUUUGAAACUGCUUCCUAAAAUUGUGUUGACUUUUACUUUUUGUUGUUCUUAUCGUGCUGUUGUUCAGUUGCACAGAGGUGUUUUUUUUUUCUACAUAAAAUAUCCUUUGGAAACGUUUCAUUCUCUGUGAACAGGGUUGAGAUUUAUUCUUUGUAGCUUUGAGAAAAGAUCCUAAAAUUCCCUUUUCCAACCUGUUUUGUAGCCUGUUGCAGUGUUACCAGAUGGCCUUAUGUACGUCACAGUGCUUUGUGAUGGGUACAGUAGCACAUUGAAUGCUUCUUCCCCUCUGUUUUUAGAGCUGAGAAGUUGAUUUGGAAUAAUAAAGCUGAAAAAAGGGAAAAAAAAAAUUAAAAAUCCCAGGGAAACACAGUGGUCAUGUCCCCUCAAGGAGAUCAGGGCAGCUGGAAUUCAUCAUCCUUCUCCAGCAGGAAUUCUGGGAGGCCAGAAUCCUGGGAAUCAGCACACAUCCAGCAGCAGCUGCUCCAGCCUCCCUGGGCUGGGCAGGUUUUUGUGUUUUGGAAGGAUUUAAAUCGAUUUAAAUCAAUUUUAGCCACUGCAGCACCCCCAUCCAGCUGUGUGUGUUGUCCUGUUCAUUGCUGGAGUGCACAUCUGGAUUGGGAAGGUGAUUUUGGCAGCUGCUCCAGCUUCCCUAGGUUGGGCUGGGCAGUUUUUUGGAAGGAUUUAAAUCCAUUUAAAUCAAAUUUUUAGCCACUGCAGCACCCCCAUGCAGCUGUGUGGGUUGUCCUGUUCAUUCCUGGAGUGGGAAGGUGAUGUUGGGGUGGGUUCCUUGCUGGAAUUUUCAGGCUGAGCUGGGUUCUUGGCAGAUUUUUGGGAGCUGGGAGCAGAUCCCUCCCCCUGGAACUCCGGGCUGGAGUUUCUCCUUUCCCAGUUUGACCUGGCUGGGAUUUCCAGAACAAUCAGUGGGGAAAACUCCCCCGAAAGCAGCAGGAGGGGGAACAUUUCCAGUGGCUCUUUCCAGAACAGAGAUGCUUUUUUCUUUUCUCUAUAAAUAUAUAUAAAUAUAUAUAUAUAUAUAUAUAUAUAUUACAAAUUCAAGAGGCAAAGUUAUGUUGUAGUGAGUGUCUGAAACUUCCUACACUGGAGACUUUUCUGGACAAGACAACUGUAAAAGUCACCCCUUGUUCCAGCUAGGUGACCCUGCCUGGGACAGAAUUGCUUCUCAGUCUAACUUUUUAUUUUUAAAUAUUUUAUUAGAGUAUCUUAAUGCCAUUGUGUUUAAAAAAAAAAUAAAAUAAAAAUGCUGGUAUGUAAUGCAAGUACAUAAAUAGCCAAAGUUUUCAGUAAUUGUUCAGUGUUACUAAAUUUUGCUUUUAUUUAACCUUCUGAGAUAACAUUUAGGAAGACCUUCAGUGUGAAAAUUCAAAGUAUGAGCAACUGGAUUAGGGCAGGGAUGGAGUUGCUGGAGCACAUUUCAGGUUUGAAUGCAAUCAGGAGGCAAAGCUUUUCAGAUGCAAAACUUCCUUUGCACUGUCCUGACACUUCAAAGUGACAAACUGCUUUGGCAGUGGCUCUUUGGGAAUUGUUAUUCAAACAUCAUGAAGGUCUUUCGUGAGAAAUCAGGUGACUUUUUUCUAUUGCUUCGAUUUUUGUGCAAAAAAAAAAAAAAAUACAACAAAAUGAAAAUAAAAAUCAAUGUAUUGCAAUCUUUUUUUAAAAAAAUAAACGGGGUGGGAAUAGUUAAAGAAAACUAUUUUAUGUAAGAACUGACAGAGGGAUUUUGCUUUGUAUAAUGCAAGCUGGCUUUAAAAAAAGCAUUGUAGCAAAUCAUUCAAGUCAAUCAUAUGUUAAUAGUUAUGUGCAACCAGACAUGCAAAACAAUUGUAUUUUUUUAAAUAAAUAUUUUUAACAAA